AUGUCUGCCGGCCACUGCUUCUAUGACGACGUCAGCAAGAUGUCGCUGCGGGCCGGAUCGACAGUACGCGAGAGUGGCGGCGUCGUCUCCGGAAUAUCGACAGUCAUUUACCACGAGAACUACGACAGCACCACUCUCGACAACGACAUCGUUGUCGUGCAGCUGCCUACGGACGGGUACGAGGCUCCUGCCGGCCUUCGUGUCACAGCAGUCGGGUGGGGAAUGCUGUCGACCGAGGUUUACCAUGAGCCCGAGCAGCUGCAGAAAGUGGACCUCUACGUUGACGAAAACUGGAUUUGCGGAGAGAUAUUGGCCGAUGUUCUCCCAGUCACCGACAGCAUGAUGUGCGCCGGUGACAUUAACAAGGGCGUCUGCUUCGGUGACUCCGGGGGCCCGCUACUGUAUGGAGACGUGCAGGUCGGCAUCACGUCCUGGGGGCAGGAGAGUUGCGAAUACCCGCUGUCAGCGUUCACCGACAUCGGCUUCCUGCGAUCCUGGAUCAGAAAUGCCACUGGAGUGUAA